AUGACACAGAGUUUCAAGAUGGUUGAUGAAGAUAAACGUGAAAAUCUAGCAAAUGCACGAAAAAAGCAACAAGCUAUUUUAAAUGGUAUUGAUAGUUCUUUGUCAAAAUCUCCAGUUGACGAAUUAGAGUCCGGUCGUUCAAGUCAAACGCAACAAGAUGUCGAAGUGUUACGAGGACAAAUUGAGCAAAAAUAUCGUCGUGAUCUCGACCAUUUUAAAGAGCAAUUGGAAAUUCAUAUUCAAACAAUUGGUAUACUCGUUGCCGAAAAAACGGAUAUUCAAGCAAAAUUAACUCAAUCUUUCAAACAGUUAGAACGAAAACAAAAUGAAUUAGAUGAAUUACAAGGACGAUUAAAGGCAUCAAGAGAACGAGUACAAGAAUUAGAAAAGACAGUGCAAAAUUCAACAUCAAAUGUACAAAAACGAGAAAUGGCUGCCAAAGAAUAUGAAAAAGAAAAUGAUCGUUUAAAACUAGAAAAUAUUCGACAAAAUCAAACAAUUGAGGAUCUGAAACAGAAGAGUGAUGAAUUGAAUGAUAAAUUGAAUACAAAAUUACAAAGUACUGAACAGUUGAAUGACGAAAUUUUACAACUAAAAAGAAAAUUAGAACAAUCUGAAAUUAGAAGUCAACAAUUCCAAUCUAUUAAUGACACAACUGUUACGGAUAGAUAUGAACAACAGAUUGAAGAACUGAAACAUACAAUUCAAUUGAAAACAAAUGAAGCAGAUGCUUUGCAAUCGACUGCAAAUCAAUUGAGAACGGAUAAGGAACAGAUGCAAGUACAAUACCAACAAUAUAGUAAUAGUUUACAACGUCAAACCCAAGAACUUACCGAUCAGCUUGAUCAGUUAACACGAUCGAAAAACAUAUCUGACAAUGAACAUGAAACAAUGAAACAAUCUUAUGAAAUGAAAAUUCAUGAAUUGCAAACCAGUCAAGCACAAAUAGUUGAAACUUCCGAUAGUGAUUAUCAUAAACAAUUAGAAAUAUUGACAACAGAAAAUGAUCAAUUGAAAAUGACAGUGAACGAGUGGAUGCAACGUUAUGAAUCAACUCGCAUAGAUAGCGAUCAAAUUUACAAGCUGUUAUCUGAACGUGAUGAAAGAAUAGCAGAAUUAGAAUUAAAUAUGGUUAAAACCAGUGAAAAUGUUGUUGAUCAUGAAAAACUCUUAGAAACAAUGCAAAGUGAUAAAAUGGCGCUAUCAAGAGCAAUGGCACAAAAUAAACAGUUAAAAGAGCAAUUUCAGGAACUACAAGAAGGAUUCAUUAAACUGUCAAAUGACAAUAUGAAUUUAACAAACCGUAUUCAAGCUGAAGAAUAUUUGUCAAAACAGUUGGGAGAUCGUAUUGGUCAGAAAGAAAUCGAACUAUAUGAAACGCGUUUAUUGUUGAAUGAACAUGAAAAUCAACAUCAAAUAGCUACUCAUGCAUCAUCAAACGUGACUACUUCGUCGCUUCCAUCGAGCAAUGAAAAAGAAAAUCAACUUACACAGCAAAUCACUUCUCUAUUGGAAGAAAACAAUUCAUUGCAUAAACGUCUUUCCUACUACGAACAACAACAGCAACAGUCUGCUCAUUCUUUAGGCGAAGAACAUUUAAAUAUUGAUGAUACUCAUUUAAAUGAUACAGCGUCUUUAUCAUCGAUGGGAUCACAUAUUGAGGAUAUUGAACGAGGGGAUGAACAGCAACAACAUGUUUUUGUCCAAAAAAUCAUUGAUCGCUUUAAUCGGGCUAUGAGAGAAAAUGCUGAUCUUCAAGAUCGCACACAACAACUAGAACAUCUCAUUUUGCAACUUCAAAAUGAAACUGACACAAUUGGUGAUUAUAUUUAUUUGUAUCAACAACAGCGACAGCAAUUACAUCGACGUUAUCAACAAAAAGAUGAUUAUAUAAAACAGAUGACGCAAGACAGAUUUAAUCUUCAGAAAAAACUAUCCGAACUUGAAAAACUUCUUCUGAGAGCGUUAAAUAGUUCAGAAACAAAAAUACAGCAUAAUAUCGAGACUAAACCUGUAAAAGAGCAACAUUCUGUUAAUGAAAAUAGUAUGCUGUCACAAUCUCCUCCAUUAAUUACAACUGGUACCGAUGCAAAUGACUGGCCAGAACUUGUUGAUAAUGCAUUACCACCAUCGGAAAUUGAUAAUUCGACAUCAAUAUUAAUAGAUAAAACUCAACAAUUAAUCACCACAUCUCCUUCAUUAUCUGACUUUGAUAACGAAACAAAAACGCGUAUAUUUACGUUGCUAAAAGAACUUGGCGAAGUGACACCAUCAUUAGCAAAUGAUUCUAAAAAUUUAGCGUUUAUCGAUAAAAAUCUUUAUAUUUGUUCCGCAUGCGUCGAUAUUACAACCAUGAUAGAUGAAGAUGUUCAUGUUAAAUCAUUAAUACAAAAUAUGAUGGAAAAAAUGAUUACUGAUGCGCGAUCCUCGACAGGAAAAUCCACUAUAUUAGCAUGUUUAGGAAGUACCUAUACCAGUCAUGAAAUGGUACCAUUAGAUAAAACAACAUUACAGGAUGUUAUAAAAGUUGAUAAAGAACGCAUCCGAUUAGAAGCUGAAACUAAAAGACUUGCCGCACAUGUUGAUGAUGGUACAUUUCGUAGUUGUGAUAUAUAG